UGCGGUGUAAAGAAAUUACCAAUAAAACAUAAAUUAAUGCUAUAACAAACGAAGAUUCGUAUUGUACCCAUUCGUUCCUAUAAAAUAUUUAGCUGCUUUGGACAGUUAUAUUGUAGUGAAUCGUGUCCUCUUACCAGGUCAUUAAAGCAGUGGUCUUUACCCUUAAAUAAACAAAUCGGGACCGGAAGGACGCCAGGGCUUCUAUGCGCAUGCGCAUCAUUUACGCUCGCCCCGUGCGUGUUUGAGUGUAUGAAGGUUGAACUGUCAACUAUUCUCAUACUAGAAAACCGGCUGAAUAUGGCCGGACUGUCCAAUUAUGCCCUGCGCAUGGCGCGCCUGAGUGCACGAAUCUUUGGAGAUGUGUCUCGUCACACAGAUACCAGAUCUAUGAAGGUCGUAGAACUGUUUAAAGAGCCCCCCUUGGCCCAGAGAAAGGAGGUGUAUGACUGGUAUCCCCCACACAAGAUCUACUAUUCCAUGACCCAGAAGCUCCGAUACAUAGGCCUCUUCAGAGAUGAGCACCAGGAUUUUAAGGAAGAAAUGAGGCGCUUGAGGAAACUCAGGGGCAAAGGAAAACCCAAAAAGGGAGAAGGGAAGAGGGCCAUGAAGAAGAAGUAGGCCAAGGCACUUCAGCAAAUGGGAGCUCCUCAUUCAUUGACACUUGAAAAUCGAAUGAAGUGACUCCGAACAUUAACUUAAUACCUUUACAGUCAGCAGGACAUUAUGACGGUGAUGACAAAGAUGGCUGGAACACAAACCCAAAUGUUUAUUCACUUUUGAUGACUGUGAUGGAGAUUAAAGGUUCAUUUUUUUGUACAAUUUCAAACUUCAACUUGAUUUAUGUUGCAGUUCUGCAGGUUGUUACCAUAAGAUCUGAUAAAUGUUGAUGAUUUCUCUCACCAUCUCUGUUUUCCUAGACUAUUGAACAAAAUAAUCAAGAAAUAUGUACACGUAAAUAUAAAUAUUAUUAUUAAACCACUAAAUUCAUUCACAAUUAAAUCAUAUUUUAUGUCCUGCCAAUAAAGCUCCAAAAGAC